CAGCGAUAGACCAACAGGAAUUUUUUCAUACUGUUGUUUUUCCGCAGCUUGAUCAUAGCGAAUGCGAAGGAGCCUCGUUUUGUUGCAGAAUGACAGAAAUUGCUGGACAACAGGACAACACCACACAGAGUGCGGCUUUUUCUCCCGACUUUGUUUCCCACUACCCGAAACUCCUGCUCGCCUUCGUGUCUCUGCAAGCGGUGAAAUGGGUAUUCGCCAUCCUCGAAGUGCUCGACGCCAUCGGCCCGGCCGGCUACGCAGUGAGGACCUCGACCCUCACGUUCGACGUGGCGUUGUGCCAAAUGAUGUACCUCGGCACGCUGCACUACGGGCUUCUGGAUUUUUCGAAGCUCAACGUCGUCUGCCGACUCGCCUUUCUGGUCAACGGCGGCUGUUGGCUGUUGCACUUCCUGACCGUCGACCGACCACGGUCCGAAGAGGAGGCCUUAGCGGAGAAAGUCACCGACGAAAGCAGUUUGCUCGCCACCGUGGACGCUUGCAUCUGGGCCGCGGUCUUCGGCGUGUCGGCGUGGGUCGGCAUCCAAGCGCUGAUUGUGGGACGGACUAAAUUGUGCGAAAAGUGGACGGCACGGACAGCCAACGGGAAACAGGGCACGGCAGAGACGUCGGCUCUUUCUGAAGCCAACAAAAUCGCUCCUGAGUCGGACGAGCAUGAGCAACAAGGUGGAGGUCUUCAGGCAACAGGCUCCGCCUCUGAAGCGGAAGAAUCGCUCACCGCCCUGAGCGACAAGUGCCUGCGCGUAUACAGUGUCGCGUUACUUAUCAUGGCCGCUAUUACGGCCUUCUGCGUUUGGAAUGCGGCCACGGCGGAAACGGAACACGAGGCGCAGGCGCGGAUUCAGAACGAAGCGGUGUUUAGUUUCAGCUACGUUCUGGGCAUGGCUUGGGGAAUGAAGGUCUUGCUCUUCGAUGCGUCCAAAGCCGGAACACGGCCGAGCGACUUAAUGAUGUCGGGAAGUUCUGCUGCUCCAAGGUCGGUCUACAUCGCGUCAGCCCUGCUUGUGGUGCUCGUCGCGAUUCCUGUAGUAUACGUCGUACUGGCGUUUUCGGCCGGAAUGCACAAUGAUGGGGAUGUAACGGGGGCACAGGAGAUCGUCGAAUGGGGGACGAGGUUGAAAUUCCAUCUGGCGCCUGCGCUCGUGAUUUUCUUCAUCGCAGCCUGGAACUUUGGUAUGAAGCCAUCGCAUCUGUGGAACACGGAGGGGAUGGAAACGCGAUUCCGACACAAAUGACUAACAUCGCGCUUCAAUUUCUGCAUUCUUCUGCGAAAUAGAGGUUGCCAGGGAAGCAGAAGCUUGGCCUCCACGCGCACAAAGCAGCGCCCCCGCGUGUCCCCCGUGUUCCGACUACACUUACGCCAAUUUCUGCAUUUUUCUACAACCAGGAGAUGAAAAGA